AUGAAUCUAAAUGCAACAUUAACCUCAACUGUUAGUCGUAGUUUAGUAGAUUUGAAUUCAUCAAUGUUAAAUAAUAGUAUUGGUGCACCAACACCAAAAUUAGUUUCAUCGGAGACAACAAAGACACCUCUAUCAGGAACAAAUUUAAUAGUACCUGAAUGGAAUUUUUCUUUUUGUUUUUUUUUUAAUUUUCUAUGUGCUCUAUGUUCAAAAUCGAUACAUAUUUAUCCGAUUAAUUCAAAUUUACCACCACAAAUAAAAGUUUUAUUCAUAUCACGUUAUGAAUUAGUACAUGUAACAGAAGCACAAGUACGCGAACAAGUUUAUAAACUUUAUUCAAAUAUGUAUAAACAAUUAUUUGAUGUAUUUGAUUAUCAAGAUGCAAAAUGGAAUCAAUUAAUGAUGCAUAGAAUUGAAUAUUUAAGACAAAUGAAUAAAAUAAAAAAAGGAAUGAUGGAAUUAGAAGAAACUAAACGUAUAAAUAAAGAAUUAUUAAACAUUUUUCAAGGACACGAACAAUUUAUUCAUCAAGAUCAUGAACGAUAUCAACAAAAUAUUCGACAAUAUCAAUCAACAAUUUCACCAGCACGACCAUCAUCAGUAGCUUCAUCAACAUCAUUAAAUAUUGGACAACAACAACAGCGACAACAAACAAAUCAUAAUCCUUCAUCUAUGAUAAAACCAAUGGUUACAGGACCAUCACCAAAUCUUCAACAUCAUCAUGUACCUCCACCUGAACCUGAUAAAUUAAUGACAUAUGAACAAGCAAUGAUAUAUGCACAUCCAGCAUUAAAAGAUGCUUUACGUUUAGCUCAUCGACGUAAAAUGUCGUCGAAAAAUAGUGGAACAAUUACUCCAAAAUAG